AUUACAUCAUGGGUUUGUUCAUUCUUUUGAUGGUAUUCAUAUCAUCAGCCACUGCCAUAGACACUCCACCAAGAAACCAAGACAUGACCACAGCCAUUGAAGAAAUGCAGAGAGCCAAUUACUUCACAUUUGUAAUGCUCAUAAACAUGGCCCCUUCUGACCUUAUUCAUGGCAACGUAACUUUCUUGAUGCCUAACGACCGGACUCUUUCGAAAGCCCUGAUGCCAGAGAACACGGUGGUCGACUUCUUGCUCCGCCACUCAAUCCCUUCGCCCCUUCUUAUGGAACACCUCCUGCAUUUCCCCACAGGUUCCUUGAUCCCAACAUCUAGACCAGGGUUUGUCCUCCAAGUUUCAAAUGACGGUCGAAGCCGGUUUUUUCUUAACAAUGUUAGAAUUAUUAGUCCUAAUAUUUGCACUCGAGGAUCUUCAAUAAGAUGCCAUGGCAUAGAUGGAGUAAUACAGGCCACAUCAAUUAUGCCCCUGCCUAACAUAGCCCCACCUGCUUGUCCUAAUAACAGUACACAAGGAGGUGCUCCGGUGGCUUCAACGGCCCCAUUUCCGCCAUCUCCAGAACCUUUGGCUCAGGUUCCGGUGAUGGCUCCACCACCAGCUGAUUCAAAUAUUAGUCCACCAAAAUCCCAUUCUCCUCGGAUAUGCAGUACAGGAGUAUUUGAUUUGAUAAUGGCAUUUUUUAUGCAACUUUUUUUUAUCUAACAGUUCAUAAUAGGUAUAUCACACUGGGUGAUGCUCAAAUUAACAAGGAAAAUCAAAUCUAUACGUAAAGUUUGGAUGC